UACUAUGACUCAACACAAGUAGGCUGCUUGUGUAUGCACAGAGCGCGGAGUUUGUAGGUGGUGGAAUUUCUCCGUACUGCUUUGUCAACAUUUGGUUGAAGUUGUCGGUGUUUUAUACGGGUGAAUCUUUAAGAAAGGCUACGUACAUUGCAGCUAGAGGUCUUGACAGUACGCUCUCUGAAGUCCAAGGAUGCCUGUGAAAGGAAGGAACCAGGGUCAAGGGAACGUGGCUUGCACACCCGCCCGGUUCUUUAUAAACGGCAAGCAGCAUACAGUCCACGGCGAAUAUGACCCGACUACGUCCCUUAACGACUACAUCCGGGACACUGCAGGUCUACGGGGUACAAAGGUCAUGUGUCGAGAAGGAGGCUGUGGGUGCUGUGCUGUCAUGGUAACGCAGAAAGACGUCGCCAGUGGACAGGACUCAAGUUUCUCCAUCAACUCAUGCCUGUGUCCCCUGUACAGUGUAGACGGGUGGCAGAUCACCACGGUGGAAGGUAUCGGCAACAGGAAAGAUGGCUACCACCCCAUACAGGACAGGAUCGCCAAGUUCAAUGGAUCCCAAUGCGGGUACUGUACCCCGGGGAUGGUCAUGAACAUGUACGGGCUGCUGCACGACAACCCCACCCCCACCCAGCAGAACGUCGAGGACAAGUUUGACGGCAACAUCUGCCGCUGUACAGGUUACAGACCCAUCCUGGACGCCAUGAAGUCCUUCGCUGUUGACUCCUCCAUCCCGCAAUCCCAGUGUAUUGACAUAGAGGAUUUGAACAAGAAGCUGUGUCCUCGCACUGGCAUGGAGUGCGGCGCGGAUGGACUGCGGUUGUGUUUGGGCGAGCAGUCUUGGUACAGGCCAGAAACACUGAAGGCUAUGGCCGGCAUCGUGAUGGAGAACCAGGGAAAGAAGGUCCGCCUGUUGUACGGCAAUACUGCGUCAGGUGUAUACAAGGAUGACGGACCUUUCAGUGUGUACAUUGACCUGCAUCACAUCAAGGACCUGUACCAGAUCCAGGUUACAGACACCAGCAUGCAGUUCGGCGCCAACAUGUCCCUCUCCAAGCUGAUCGACACACUCGACCUCAAGAAGUCGGAGAAGGGGUACGCCUACUUCGGCGCUAUUGCCAGUCAUCUGAGGAAGAUAGGAAAUGUACUCCUUAGAAAUGCCGGCUCCUGGGCCGGUAACGUCAUGAUCAAACACGCCCACCCCGACUUUCCGUCCGACGUCUUCACCGUCAUGGAGGCCGCCGGGGCUCACAUCGCUGUUGUUGACUGCGCGGACGGUGUGGUCAAGUCCUACCCGCUCCUGUCACUCAUCACGGAAAUCGACAUGAAGAUCAAGCUCAUCGUGUCGCUGGAACUUUUUAAACAGGACGAGAAGUUCAAACUGAUAUCAUACAAGAUCAUGCCAAGAUCCCAGAACGCCCACGCCUAUGUCAAUGCAGGAUUCCAGAUCCAUGUGGAUGCGUGGAAAUUCAAAGUUGUCAAGAAACCGUCUCUUGUGUUCGGGGGCAUAAACCGGGAUCUGAUCCACGCUUACAAGACGGAGGCACUGUUGAACGGCAAGACGCUGACAGAUGGGGUCGUGUUGAGAAGUGCUCUGGACUGUCUCGCUUCUGAGUUGGAACCCACUGCCGACCGUGUGCUAGCCAGUGCUCAGUACCGUCGGAGCCUCGCUGUUAACCUCCUCUAUAAGUGUAUCUUGGAGCUGUGUGGAGCUAAACAUCAGACAAGAGUGUCCGGGCCUUUCUCCAUAGAGCGCCCUCUAUCGUCAGGAGUGCGAGAAUUCCAGGAGAAGAAGGCAGACUGGCCGCUCAAAGAACCCAUGCCGAAAUUGGCGUCCCAUGCGCAGGCAUCAGGCGAGGCGGAGUUCGUCAACGACAUCCCAUCGUCCACCCAGGAGUUGUGUGGUGCCUUCGUUGUGACGUCACAGGGACCGGCUACGAUACAAAACGUAGAUGCAUCAUGUGCCUUGCGUCUCCCCGGCGUCGUGGACUACAUCAGUGUCAAGGACAUCACCGGUGUCAACAACCACGUCGCUUCACUUUCAAUUGCUCCAUUGGCACCAGAAGAGCUGUUCUGCAGUGGAAAGGUUCUGUUUGCAGGACAACCCGUAGGACUUAUUCUCGCAGAGUCUCAAACAGCGGCCGACGAGGCGGCCAAGAAGGUGGCAAUUACUUACAGUGACACCAGGCCACCUAUCCUUACCCUCGAUGAAGCUAUUGAGAAAGAGAGUUUCUUCGCCAACCCCAUGGCUGAACACAGGCUAGGCGACCCGGAAACUGCUAUGAAGAAAUGCUCCAAGACGCUGAGCGGCAGGACACUGUCAGGUUCAAACUACCACUUCUACAUGGAGAACCAGGUGACGCUGUGUGUGCCAUCAGAGGAACGCUUGGAUGUCUACACCGCCACACAGUCGAGUGAACUGACCCAGGGGUCUGUCUCCAUGGUUACAGGACUACCCAUGAACAACGUCGUCGUUACCGUCCCCCGGGUAGGCGGAUCGUUUGGGGGCAAAGCCUUCUGCUCCAUCCCUGUAGCUGCUGCCGCCGCUGUUGCAGCACACAAGACCAAAAAACCAGUGAAAAUCUCCGUGAAUAUGUCGACCAACAUGAAGAUGUCUGGAAAGCGGUUCCAAGUCCUUGCCAAAUAUGACGUUGGGUUUGACGAGGCAGGUCGUGUCCACGUUGUCAGCAUGGACGUCUACUGCGACGGCGGCAGCUCCCCAAACGCAGCGUUGUUUUUCAGUGAAGUGAUGAUGUCGCUGGAUCAAGGCUACUACAUCCCCAACUGGAGAAUCAAGCUGGUAGCCUGCAGGACGGACAAGGCGGGGACCACCAUCAUGAGAGCGCCAGGGACUCUCCCAGCUGGUCUCCUCAUCGAGUCUGUGUUCGAGCACGUGGCCAAGCAUCUCAGCCGGAACGUCCUGGAGAUCAAGGAGCUGAAUCUCUACAAGGCUGGCCAGACUGACCUUCGUGGCCAUGAACUGACAUAUUGCACCUUGAGGAAACUAUGGACAGAUCUACAGCAGUGGGCGGAUGUUGCCAGACGCAAGAACGAGGUCAACAGUUUCAAUAAGGCUAACCAAUGGAAGAAACGUGGGUUGACGAUGACGCCGGUGAAGUAUGGGAUGUUGUACAUGGGGUCGGGCUUCACCGUCGACGUUGCCAUCUAUGCCCGAGACGGCACCGUUACUGUCGUCCAGGGAGGCGUUGAGAUGGGACAGGGAUUAUUCACCAAGGUUGCGCAAGCGGUGGCCAUGACAUUGGGCAUCCCCGUGAGCAAGGUGAAGGUCCUGCCUAACCAGUCUCACACAACAGCCAACAGCUUUUUGUCUGGGGGAAGCACAGCCAGUGAAAUAUCAGUCAUGUCUGCCCUGAAGUGUUGUGAGAUCCUGAAGGAGAGAAUGGCACCAGUCCGUGAAACCAACCCUGAUUCUGACUGGGAGGCACUGGUGAAAGCGUGUGACUUGGCGGGAAUAGAACUCACUGCAAAGCACAAAUCUGUCCCCAAGAAGAAGGACGGACCCGGGGAGUUCCACUACUUCACGUAUUGUGUGGGGGUGACGGAGGUGGAGUUGGACGUCCUCACCGGGGAGAACCAGGUCCGGAGGGUCGAUAUACUCUUCGACUGUGGAGAGAGCCUGAACCCUACUAUCGACAUUGGUCAGAUCGAAGGUGCCUAUGUGAUGGGGCUGGGAAACCUGCUGACAGAGAACAUCAUCUACGACCCGGAGACAGGAGCAGUGCUGACUGAUGGCACCUGGGAAUACAAGCCCCCCACCACUAAAGACAUCCCUGUGGACAUACGCAUCAGACUGUUGCCUGAUGCUCCUAAUCCCUACGGAGUUAAAGCAUCGAAGGCCUCCGGUGAGCCUCCUAUUGUCUUGGCUACCGGAGCACUGUACGCCUUGAAGCAGGCAAUGGAAGAGGCCAGGUUUGAUCUGACGUCAAACAAAGAGUUCCAGCCAACAGUGGCGCCGUACACGGUGGAGCGACUGAUGCUGGGGUGCGGUGUCCAUGUUGAUAAACUCGUGUUGUGAGGGAUGUCUCCGUCGGGGAAGUUUGAGGAUGAACAUGUUCACUAUAGCGGGGAUGUAUGCAACUACAUAUUACUAUUACUGUGUCUUGAACCAGAUAGGCACUCAGUAACAGAUUUCAUAUCCCGCACAGUUAACGUGCUAUCACAACACGAGAAUCGUGGAUAUUAACCCAUGAUCAUCGGAUCCUGUCACGACAAAGGGACGUAACUCUGCACAGAGACUUGCAGCGCCUUAGAUGAUUCAUUUGUUAAUACAUAUAUCAGACGAAAAUGAGUCUGAUAUUAACAUAAUUAUAUGUAUUUUUUUGCAUCGUGUUUGACAUUAGAUUUAUUAAGAAAAUGAAAUACGAUGUAGCAUAUUAUGUGCACAGAUCGUUGAUUCAACGGAAAUUCCAAUUUAUGAGACGUUUUGAAUAAAGGAUAAAACCUAGGAUGAUCAGAUGUUUCCUACAGCUCCUCUACACAUAAUUACAAUUUAGCCAUUCACAUCACCUUACGUUGCGUUGCCGCCACGUAUAUUAUGUACAGUAUACAUGCUAUUUUGGUGGAUCAAGGGAUGUCAAUUAUAAAACUGAACUUAAGAAAAUAGUGUAUUGAGUACACCCACAUCAUUCUCUUAAACUUGUCUUCAUUCCAUAAAACGAAACCCGUUAAUCGUUAAUCGGUCCUAAUUCACAGAUUUCCGGAUUAACGAAUCAAAAUGACCGAGAAGAUUUUAAUGUUCCUAACAGUAAAGCCCGAAAAACCAGGUUUCAGGACUAGCGAGUUUCCUCUGUACACUACCCUUGAUACUAUUAUUAGAAAAAGGACAAGGCCAACAGGAAAUGUUUUUAGGCUUUGGCGCGUCACUUAAUCCAGCCCAAGUCAUUUGUAUUGCCAAUGAAAGAUAAACUUUUCAAAUUCCUGCGUCAUAUUAUAGUAACCAGACUCUGUUUAAUUAUCUAUGCUUGACAACUGACUUUGUUUUAAAGAGUUCAAUAUGUGCCCAGUUGUGUUUGUUGGUAUGCUUGGUGGAAUAAAUAAAAAAAGAAUUCCUCACUCAUUGUUUUCAAUAAA